CCUAAAGCGAUAUUCAUUGGGUUCAAAAUGCUUCGACCGGUGCUCGGCCGUUUGUCUAUCGGGGACUUGUUGGUGACAGUGUUGUUUUUGUGUAGGACAAUAGUUUGUGAUGGACAGUGUCCGAAGUACGCUGAGCGCCCUUUGGAGACGCGGGUGCAGGACGCUUCCAUAGUUUUUAGGGCUGUGGUAGUACAAACACAUCAUCAGAGUAAAACACUAGAUUUGGCGCUAGUGUCAAUAUACAGAGGAGGUGUGGAGCUUGCCUCAGUCAGUAGAUAUGCAGGCUCGCCUUAUAAUACCACAGAUAGACAGGUGAACCUCAAAAUAGCCCAGCCGCUAGACCACUGUUUCAAUUGGAGCAUGGCGUCCCAAAGCGAGCUGGUGGUGUUCGCUCGAAUCAGCGACCCCGCGGUGGACUUAGAAACCACGCCACCUGACGGGCCCUGGCUUGAAGCGACAGCUUCGGCUGUCCCUUGGAGCUUGGGCGUUGACAUUGCCAUAUGGAACGCCGUUGGCUGGGCGGGUUGGGGGGAGUGGGGGGCCUGCAGCAAAACCUGCGGCGGCGGCAUGCAGGUGCGGAGGAGGUACUGUUCUCGGGCUACCUGCGAAGGGUUCGGGGAGCAGGGCCGGACCUGCAACACUUUCGAUUGUGAGGGUACAAUAAAUCCACUAGCGCCAGGCGCCCGCCGUAACUUUCACCCAGCCCAGGCCCGGUGGGGCUCCGUCGCGGAUCGCCCUCACGCCUUCAGCCUUCGGCCAAAUUCCUACAUCUGGAUAGCUUCGUCAGAACUCUUCCCUAAUGGGAAGAUGUUCCCUAGGGAGUUUACGCUGUUCGUGUCAUUGAGACUGCGUCCUGAGAGCGGCGGUUACGGGCAAGGCACGUUAUUUUCCCUCCGCUCGCGUCGCCGCACGGGCUCAUUCCUUUCCUUGGAGUUAGCCGGGCGGGGCGCGGCGCGACUGGUCCAUGCGGGCGCUGGCGCCUCUAGAGCUAUUUACCUGGCGGUGCCGCUGUAUGAUUUCCGCUGGCACCAUAUUGCUAUCAGUGUUCAUGAUGACAACACGGUGCGUGCCUACGUGGACUGCCGCUGGCUCCGUACAGACGUUCUUGAGAAAGACGCGCUGGACACUCCGAGGGACGCGGAUCUUAUUAUUGGCUACCUGUUUUCUGGUGACCUCGAACAACUAGUAUUGGUGCCUAAAGCGGGUCAGGCGCAGAAGCAGUGCUCCAGCCAAGUAACCGGGACAUCUACGCCCUACGUCAACAUGCAUUAAUACAAGACUUGGCCUUUGACUUUACUCGCUACGUUAUGGAACUAUGCAACACCAGGGAAUUAUGUGCCCUGGGAACUUUCCCUUUUCCAAAAAUGCAAGAUUUCCCCAUGGAAUAAUUACAGCAACUUCUCAUACGUUUGUAUAAGGAUCGAAACUCUUUAUUUAUUACAAAAUGGAAACUUACUUUAUAUCUUUAGAAUUUUCCUUAAAUUUCCGAGAAUUUUUUGGAAACUUUCUACAACUUGCUCAUCCGUAAAUUAUGCCAUCAAUAUGCUCUCUCAACGUAUUACGAGGGAACUGUAACUACCGACAAUAGGCACUUUUUUCAUACAAUUUCCAUUUCGGGAGAAAACGUUUUCUACGAACUAAAUCUAAACAAAUCUCUUUGAUUUUGAUCUCGAUCGCUUCAGCAUAAUAUAUUCUAGGUUUGUAAAAGAAAAGUUUGUUUUUGUAUUGCAAAUUUGGAAAAAAGGAAAACCUAUAUAACCUAGUGUCAAUAACAUACUAAAAAAUCGUGGAGAAUGGAAUAUGUUUAGAAGUGGAAAAACGUUUUCCCUUUUUGUAUGGAUGAGUACUAUGUAUACUUCCCUCUUAUGGUCGUUUUAUAUCUACAGACAUUGAGCGUGCCGGACACGUGCCGUGCAAUUUUUUCUAUGCAGUUGUCUGUAUUCUAUACAGUAAUUAUUAUGUGUGUAUACUAUCAUCAUCAUCAUCAUUGGCCACAGCAUCUUGACAGAUGAU